AUGGGUCACCAUUCUUGCUGUAAUCAACAGAAGGUUAAGAGAGGUCUUUGGUCCCCGGAAGAAGAUGAAAAACUCAUCACUUAUAUUACCACUCAUGGCUAUGGUUGUUGGAGUGAAGUUCCUGAUAAAGCUGGGCUUCAAAGAUGUGGUAAGAGUUGUAGACUCAGAUGGAUAAAUUAUUUGAGACCUGAUAUAAGAAGAGGAAGGUUUACACCUGAUGAGGAGAAAUUGAUUAUUAGCCUCCACAAUGUUGUAGGCAACAGAUGGGCUCACAUUGCAAGCCAUUUACCUGGUAGAACUGACAACGAAAUAAAGAACUACUGGAAUUCUUGGAUCAAAAAGAAAAUCAGAAAACAUAACUCACCUUCUAAUUCAACAACCACCACCAACAUUACACAAAACCAUGUUCUUGAUUAUAAUUUCAAUAUCAAUAAACUAGAUCAAAAUAUCGUAACAACACCAAAACCCUCACCAUUUCAAGAAACUACCUUGUUUUCUCCCACAUGUCCUUUGUUUAUGUUUGAGCCAAGUUCACUACACGGAACAACAACAGCAACAACAGCAGCAGCAACAGCGGAAGCAAUACAAAGUAGUAGUAACAAUCUGCAAACAGAUCAAUACUUUCAUGAUUCUGUAAUAGGUUUGAACUCCGAAACAUGGAAUCAAGUUCAAUCAUCAUCACUACCUCCUCCAAUAAUAUCAACAACUUUUACAAUGGACACAAUGAACUAUCUACCACCUUUGAUAGAGAAUGUGGAAAACAUGGUGGAGGAGGAAGUUGGUGAUCAUAGACAAGUACAAGAGUUGAAUAGCAUUGAUCAAUGGCAUCAUCAACAAUAUCCUAAUACCAACUUUCUUUUCUGGGACAAUAUUGUCCAACUCGGUGGGGAAGAACAACAACUAGCACCAAAUUCAUCAUCAAAUAUGGGAACAAACAGAGAAAAAAAAUUCAUGAUGGUCCAUGCCAGGCUUUCGGAAACUUGCAGGGAUUCUUCUUUUCCUUUUGAUGAUAUCUUUUUCAAUUUUCUAUGUCCCUUUUGA